AGGGAGAGUCCCGUUGUUUCAUGGUUAAUGUGAACGACAUUCAAGAUCAGUGCUCGUCACAUCAGUGUUUAAAUGACGGAGCAUGUCAAACUCUACCUAAUGGCGAUCCAUAUUGCCAUUGCACGGAUAACUUUUGGGGAAAGUAUUGCGAAAAAGGAUUUUGUGACAAUCAUUCCUUUUGUCAAAACAAUGGUGUGUGUUAUAAGAAUCAGAACGAAGUCAAAUGUCUCUGUCCUUUAGGGUAUUCAGGAACAUCUUGCUCCACUGAAGCCAACAAAAACUUCACGAGUCAUCAAAACAAUGGGGGUCAUUUUACGGAGACCGCACUACCAGAGACUGUAACUUGUUAUUUAGACACACCAUGUUUGAUACCUGUUAGUGUUACGAGCAAUAAGAAUCACAUGCCAAACUUAGAACAAGGAUCAAUUGACAGAACACUAAGGCUUUCGGAAUUAAGUUUGGAAAAUAUCGCGUCGGCAGCUGGAAUUGUCAGGGGUAAAAUGGUUGUCGUUGGAGAGCAAUUAGGACUGAAAAGAUUGUGCCUUGAUUCUUUUGGGACACCAAAAAAUGGUAGAACAGAAGAUGAAAUAUGCUUUAAUGUAAAUGUUAUUACUGGAAAUCAUUUGAGAACGAAUGAGUUCAGUCCUCAUUUUGUGUCCCCUACUUUUCCGGAUAAAACUAUACUCCAAUGUAAGAUCCACGAACAGUGUCAUCUCAGUCUGUGGGCAAAGAACAAGCUUUUGGAGGAGAACUGCCCACUUCUGAAGACAGACAAGAAGAUAGAGAAUGGAAUAUACAUUUUCCCUCAAGCUAGUGGCACCCUCUCACCCUGUGUGUUUGAUGUCGUCAUCACGGUCAACAACAUCACCGAUCUCGAUCUGUGUUUUACACUCUAUGACAAUAAUGAGGAAAAUGUUGAUAUUCGUUGCUAUACAAUUCAGAUCCUACCAAAUAUAACAGUGAAGGGGGCUUGCGUUGGUGUUUCCUGUCAUAAUGACGGAUUCUGUGAUGGACAACACAGUCCUGCAACAUGCAAAUGUCGCUCAGGGUUUUCAGGAGAAAGUUGUUUAAAAGAUUUUGGAAGAGUUCAAGGACAAAAUAAUUACACCUAUGGAGCACCAUUAUUUGGAGAUGUUGCAUUGCCAAAAUUAAUAAAAUGUCCGCUGUCAAAAGACUGUUCCAUACCUUUCACUGUGUCCAAUGCUAACAAAUUUAAUGUGACCUGGAAUGGAACAAGUCUUGAAACAAAGAAAUUGGAGUAUUCUGGUACAAUAAAGUCACGUGACUUUACAGGGGAGGCUGUGGUCGUCCACAAAGCGCUAGGAAUAGAUCCCUUCUGUUUAUCUCUGACGUCAGAAAAUGGGGAUGUUUAUGAUAGUGUUUGCUGCAACAUAUUGACAGAAUCAGGACCUGAUUCUAAUCAACUCGAAAAUGACCAGCCUCACUUUAUCAAUCCUUCCCCAACAAAUGGUUCGGAAUUUACUUGCACUCCAGGAAAACCAUGCCAUGUUACUCUCUCACUGAGCAAAGGAAACGAUAUAAAAUGUCCAGAAAUUAGGGACAGAUCUGAUGACGAUACAUCGGUCCAUAUAUUUACCUCUCCGUCCACUACAGAGUGUCAUAAUGACGUAUGGAUCGGAUCCUCAGACAAAGACAAUGGAAAAAAGAAAGAAUAUUGCUUUCAAACAAUGGUUUCUGGUGUACCUGGUUCAACAACAAAUCUGUCUUAUACAGGUUCAACAACAAAUCCGUCAAAUACAGGUACAACAUCAAGUCCGUCAGCAAAUCCUUUUAGUGCCGGAACAACAACAAAUUCGUCUAAUGCAGGCACAACAACAAAUCCGUCUAAUGCAGGCACAACAACAAAUCCAUCAAAUACAGGUACAACAUCAAGUCCGUCAGCAAAUCCUUUUAGUGCAGGAACAACAACAAAUCUGUCUUAUGCAGGUACACCAUCAAAUCCAUCUAAUGCAGGUACACGUCCAUCAAAUUCGAUACUAAAUCCAUCUAAUGCAGGUACAACAACAAAUCCAUCUAAUGCAGGUACACCAUCAAAUCCAUCUAAUGCAGGUACAACAACAAAUCCGUCUAAUGCAGGUACACCAUCAAAUCCAUCUAAUGCAGGUACAACAACAAAUCCAUCUAAUGCAGGUACAACAACAAAUCCGUCUAAUGCACGUACAACAACAAAUCCGUUUAAUGCAGGCACACCAUCAAAUCCAUCUAAUGCAGGCACACCAUCAAAUCCAUCUAAUGCAGGUACACCAUCAAAUCCAUCUAAUGCAGGUACAUCAUCAAAUCCGUCCAAUCCAAGUACAUCAUCAAAUCCGUUUAAUGCAGGUACAACAUCAAAUCAGUCUAAUGCAGGUACAACAACAAAUCCGUCUAAUGCAGGUACAUCAUCAAAUCCGUCUAACGCAGGUUCACCAACAAAUCCGUCUAAUGCAGGCACACCAUCAAAUCCAUCUAAUCCAGGCACAUCAUCAAGUCCGUCUAAUGCAGGUACAACAACAAAUCCGUCUAAUGCAGGUACACCAUCAAAUCCAUCUAAUGCAGGUACAACAUCAAAAUUGUCUGGUGCAGGUACAACAACAAAUCCGUCUAAUGCAGGUACAACAUCAAGUCCGUCUAAUGCAGGUACAACAUCAAAUCCGUCUAAUGCAGGUACAACAACAAAUCCGUCUAAUGCAGGUACAACAUCAAAUCCAUCUAAUGCAGGUACAACAACAAAUCCGUCUAAUGCAGGUACAUCAUCAAAUCUAUCUAUUGCAGGUACAACAUCAAAAUUGUCUAGUGCAAGUACAACAACAAAUCCGUCUAAAGCAGGUACACCAUCAAAUCCGUCUAAUGCAGGUACACCAUCAAAUCCGUCAGCAAAUCCGUCUAACGCAGGUACAACAACUGUUGAAAUAUCCAAUUCAUUAGCAACAGCGGGAAGAACAAAGGCUCAAGGACCUAUUACAAAUAGUCAUUGCAAAGUGAUGAAAGCCAAAGAAAAAGCGAAACAUGGGCGAGUUGAGUGUUUUUGUCAACAUCCGUCUGGAAAAGUGACAAAGGUCAUCACAUUAAACCCCCGGGCAUCAAAGGAGAAGUUAUUACUGGCUGCAGGGCUUGGAUCGGGGGCCAUGAUAUCGACCCUGGGAUUAACCGCCUUAUUGUACGUCCUCACUAAGAGGUGUUCCAGUACCCACAAACCAAAACCAAACGAACGAAGGCUGAACCAAGCAAAGAGAAAAAUCCCCGCCAAUAGCUGGAGAAACAAAAAGGAAUGAAAACAUUUAUCAGUGUAUUUGAUUUAUGAACCUACUGACUACAGGAAUCUUCGUUGAAAAAAAAAAUAAUGUGAAAUUAUUAUAAUUAAUCUCUGUUCGAAACAUUAAAUGAACUAAUUACUUUAUG